UCGCCCGGGAGUCGUGAACACGCUUUGGAGCCAGAACAGCCGGCGCCCUCAAAGGUGCCUUCCGGCGGGAAGGAUGGACUUGGGCAAGAGCAAGCUCCUGCGCACUGGCCUCAACGCCCUGUACCAGGCGAUCCAUCCCAUCCACGGCAUCGCCUGGACCGACGGCAAGCAGGUGAUCCUGAUGACGCUGCAGCUGCAGAACCAGGAGCCCAAGUUCGGGAACUCGCGCAUCAUCGGGCAGUUCGAGCACGUGCACGGGCUGACCUGGAGCCCCCCGGGUGUCAGCGGCAGCCCCACGCUGCUGGCGGUGCAGCACAAGAAGCACGUGACCGUGUGGCAGCUGUGCGCCAGCCCCUCGGAGCGGAGCAAGCUGCUGGUGUCGCAGACGUGCGAGAUCGGGGAGCCCUUCCCCGUGCUGCCGCAGGGCUGCGUCUGGCACCCCCACAAGGCCAUCCUGACGGUGCUCACCAGCCGCGACGUCUCCGUGCUGCACUCGGUGCACUGCGACAACUCGCGGGUGAAGGCCGACCUGGUCAAGGUGCACGGCUUCGUGCACUGCGCCUGCUGGACCCGGGACGGCCAGCGGCUGGUGGUGGCCGUGGGCAGCGCGCUGCACUCCUUCACCUGGGACGAGGCGCAGAAGGCCCUGCACCUGUGCUCCUGCUGCCCCGUGUUUGAGGUGGGCAGCCCCAUCUGCUCCGUGCUGGCCACCGUGGACAUGCAGAUCGCCGUGGCCACCGAGCUCCCGCUGGACAAGAUCUGCAGCCUGGGCUCCAUGGAGGCCCUGGAGAUCUCCCCCUCGUCCCGGGCGGGCAGCACGCAGCCGCCCUUCACGGACCCCCGGAAGACCACCGGCAACUCGGAGCCCUCCUCCUCCUCCUCCGCGUCCAUCUCGUCUUCGUCCCUGGAUUCCCUGGUGCUCUCUCAGAUUCUGCCCAGGAGCUCCCGGUCAGACUCCAACUCGCUCUUCAACCUCCGAGACAAGGACUGCUUGUCUGCCAUGGAUCAGGACUCCUCCCAUCUGGUCCUGGUGACCUUCGACAGGAUGGUCACCGCCACCCGCAAGGUGGGCAUCCCCGGCAUCCUGGUGCCGGACAUGCUGGCCUUUGACCCCCGGUCGCAGGUGGUCGCCGUGGCCUCCAACAUGUGCCACAUCAUCCUGAUCUACGCGCUGGGCUCCUCGCUGGCUCCCAGCGUCCAGUGCAUCCGGCUGGAGUCCUGCGAGAGGCCCAAGGGCAUCUGCUUCUUGUCCGACAAGCGCCUGCUGAUCCUGGUGGGGAAGCAGAAGUUCACGGACCCCACCUUCCUGCCCUCCUCCAAGUCCGACCGCUACACCAUCCGCCUGGUCAUCAGGGAGAUCAGCUUCGAGGAAGAGCCCUCCUGGAGGUCCGUCUGGAGCCAGCAGGACUUCUGCAACGUCAAGGUGACGCUGGGCAUGCCCACCAAGAAGAAGCUGGGGGAGAGCCACUACCCUAUCUUCUACCCCCCGCGGAAGGAGCUCCUCCUCCCCGGGAGCCUCACCAUCCACUCGCGGACGAGCGGCAAGACCCUGAUCGAGGAGAUCUCGGAGCCUUCCCAGAGCUCCAGGUUCAACUCGCCGCCGCCCCCCACCGCCGCCUCUGCAGAAAGGCCGGAGGCCGGCCCUGGCCUCCAGCCCGCGGCCCUCCCCAGCCCCCACGCCGGGCCAAACUCCCCGAAGAACCACUGCCGCCUGAUCCACGAGCCCCUGAACCUUCCCCAGGGCCAAGCCGCCAGCAACGAGAAGGAGGAAAGUCGGCUGUGCGCGACGCUGGACAGGCUGUCCGGGAACUUCACAGACCUCCACCAGCGCCUCUCCGAGCUCCUCGAGCUCCUGCGCAACCAGAAGCAGUCGCCCGCCCCCACCAGUUACCCGCACUCUCAAGACCCAUGUUUUCUUCUCAUCACCUGCCAGAAGCCCUCCUCCGCAGGCCCUGUGGUGGACAAGAGAGCGGUCCUUCUCUGCGAAGGCAAGUUGCGCCUGCAGAUGGUCCAGCAGAUGUUCGGUAUCUCUUUGGUGGAGAUGCAGCACGGCUCCCUCUGGAUCCUCCUUUCUGCCGACAGUGAAGGCUUCAUCCCGUUAAUCUUCUCAGCCUCCCAGGAGAUCAUCAUCCGUGACGGCAGCGGCGGCGACGGCAGCGGCAGCAAUAGCGCCAGUGCCAGCGCCAGCGCCAAUGGCAGCGCCAACGGGCUGGGUUCCCCCACGCAGUGAGUCGGCGUCCGUCUGCGGAGUGUGCAUUUGCACCUGAGCGGUGCCCACCCCUCUGCGAGGCUAUUCUGCGCCGUUGAGACGUCUGGCACUCUCAGGGACAGUUGGGUCUGAAAGGGGCCGCUGUGUCACUUUGCAGAGAGACAGGAAGAAUACAGUCUGGUGACGCUGCCGCCACCGCCACCAAGGAGUCUCUCUCUUUCUGUGGCUGCCACGGGGGCUGAGGGCGUCCAGGCCCAAGGAGGCUUGAGCUACGAGCCGGGGAGUCACGACCCCCGCCCGCCUCGGCUUCCUCACCUGUAAAAUGGCCCUCGCCACGGCCCUCCCUGCCGGGCUGGUUUGUGAGGACUGUAAAAGCUUAUCCCAGUACCUGGUACGCAAUAGGCCAGUUCUGUUCCUUCUAGCACGCCCCGCCCCCAGUGCUCGGGCCUGGCUCCGCGAGGAGGGCGUCCGCGGGGUCCCCGCCUGUGGAGAGGAGGACACCAGGUGAAGACCAGAGUGGGGGGAGCCGGGAGGGGAGAGCGGGAGGCGGCCCCGAGCUGAGUCCUGAGUGAGGGAACCUCCGGAUGCUGAGAGGCAGAGGAAAAAGGGGGAGUGGGACGGCCCGGGCAGAGGGAAGUCACGGCCGACAGCUGGAAAGGGAGGCAGCUGGGAGAAGCCUGGGGGGGUGGGAGAGAGCAUGUUUGCCCCUGGGGGUGAUGUGCCCUGAGAAGGGGGGCAGGGUGGCCAGACUGGUGCUUCAGGAAGAUCCCUGUGGUGGCUGGAGGGGGGAGAGAUGGAGGCAGGCGGUGCUUCCCCCCCCUCCCCCCCCCGCCCCCACUGACUGCAGGAGUCCAGGCAGGGCCUGCACUGGGCUGGGGGCGGGUCAGAGGAAAGAGGAAGAGGAGGCCCUGACAUGAGAUGUGGAGGAGAUGCAAUGGCUGGGCCUGGAGGAGCUCCUGCUGCAGCCACAUUGGUGCAAAACUUCUCCUUCCUCCUCAUCCACACAGCCUCUCUUUGGGCGCUCAGCAUUUCGUUUUUGAGCAGCUGCUGCUCUCCGAUUUCUUGUUUCCUCUGUCUUUGGGAGAUCAGGAGGAGGAGGAAGGAGGAGAAGAAAGGAGGGAGAAUAGAAGGAAAUAGGGAAGAAGGAACAGGGGAGAAUAGAGGAAGGAGAAAGGAAGGAAAGGAGGGAAGGAUAGAAGGAAGGAAGAAGGGAUAGAUGGGAAGAGGGAAUGAUAGAGGGAAGGAAGGGAGAUAAGAGGAAGAAAAUGAGAAUAGAGGAAGGAGGGAGGCUAAAAGGAAAGAAGGAAAGGAGGAGAGGAGAGAAGAUGGAAGGAAGGAAAGAAGAGUGGCUAUAAGGAAGGAAUGAAAGGAGAGUAGAAGGAAGGAAGAAGAGAUAGAGGGAAGAGAGAUGGAAGGAGAGAAGAAAGAGAAGGGGAAAGUAGAUGAAGUAAAAAGGGAUAAAUAGAAAGAGGGGAGGAUAGAGGGAGGGAAGGGAGAUAGGAGGAAGAAAAGAAUAAUAGAGGAAGGAGAGAGGCUAAAAGGAAGGAAAGGAGGUGAUGAGAGAAGAUGGAAGAGAGGAUAGAAGGAAGAAGAUAAAGGGAAGGAAGGGAGAUGGGAGGAAGGAAAGGAGAAUAGGAGGAGGAAAGACAGAAGAGGGGAAAAUAGAUGGAGAGAAGAUGGAAGAAAGGAAGGAAAGAAUAGAAGGAAGGAGGGAAGGAGCAGGGAAGAGAGAGGAGAGGAGAAUAGAGGAAGAAAGAGUUUGGAAGGAUGAAAGGCAGAGAGAAGGGAGGAAGAAGGGGUAGAAAGGAAGGAGGAGGGGGCUUGCUCCAGCAGUUGCCAGGAUGGCAGUGGGGGGCACGAUUCCUCACCGGCUGCCACGCCUCCUCUGCUUCCUGCUGUUUCAGGGGCCUGGCUGUCUGUGCCCACGUACCCUCCCCUCCUCAGCGUGCCGCUCUCCUAGCAGCUCCUUUCUUUGGAGCCGGCCUGCCAGGCCUUGGCUUUGCUCCUGGAUGUUUCAAGACUCUCCUGGAGGCCCGUGGCCCUGGCCUCAGGACUUCCCAGGCGCUGAAGGCUGGUUUUCCCAUGGACUCCCUUCUUGGGUUUUAUUGCCCAUGGAUUGUGGUAUCUUGGCUGCUGUUUCUCCCCUUGGUGUCUACUUUGGUGGGUGUCCAGAGGAAAUCUUCUCUUCCCCUUUAUCUUUUUUAAAAAAUAGGAUUGUUGGCCCCCCUGUCGUUGUCACCCCUUUGCUAGCCAGUUCAGGCCCACAGCCUGUCACUUUUGUAUUUAAACCCCACCUUUGUGGCCAUUUGUCCGCCUCUCCAGGCCACCUUCCCCUUCGGCCUCCAGCCUGUGCACCUGGAGCCUCCCUUUCUUGAGUGAUGGUGCCCCCCAGCAGCUUGUGCCCGCGGACAUCGGGAGGCUCCAGGCUGAUCAGGCGAAGCUCUGUGGCUCCAGGGCCUGGGAAGCUAGCCGAACGCUUUCCUCUUGUUCCUUGGGUCCUUCUCUGCCAUCCCUGGGCUCCCUCCCGAGCAGCCAGCUCUAGAAGAGGCUCAGGAAGGGCCUUGAAGUCAUCUUUGAGCUGUAAUGAUGCAGGGGUUCUUUCCCUCUUCCACCCGCUGCAACAUUCUGGGGCUCUCCAGGAUUCUGAAGAAGGUGGCCGGGUUCCCUCCCCAUUGUCUGUGAUAGGACCCAUGGAGGAUCCCGUAGGUCCCUGGGCCUCAUACAGACCUCAGAGCCCACCCGGCCUCUCAUAGAAGAGGGAAGGAAGGGGUGGUAAGUUGUUGUCUGAGCCAAUGGCAGACGGGUCUGGUGACGGGACUGAACAGUUUAAGUCCUCUACAAGGAUGUGCGCCUCUGGGCCAGGACCAGGGGACUGUCACCCCCUCCAGACUUUCCUGAUGACCCUUUGGUCCUGUCGCUGCCACAGGCCUCAGAUGCUAGGCCCUCUGACACACUCCUUCCCAUGAGGUAGGGUCUGCAUUUGAUGAGUCUGGGGCCUCCCUCCCCCUCCUCUUCCUGAGCUAUUUCUACUCUUUGAAUGAAUCUAAAUGUGAGAGUUGAGAAACUGCCCUGGGAUCCUUUCUGAGGCAGGCGGCCACCCUUGGCCAUCUCCAUCUUGGGGAAGAAAAUGUCAGAGGAUAUGUGCAGGAGAGCUGAGCUCCAGGAGCCAAACCUUUUUGUUUACAAAAACAUGGCUUUCCUUUUUGAUUUUUCCUGUGCUUCAAUCUGCUUGUUAAAUUAAAUUUUGAUUCCUUUACUUUGAUGAAUUAAAAUGAUGUCUGCUCUGAA